GGCGCGCUCCUCAUCUCGCUUCUAGUCGCUGCAGCAGGAGCCAUAGGACGCGGUAGCUUUAUGUCUUUUCUCGCUGUUGUGGCAAAGCAAAACGAAUAUUUGCCUGGACAAGAAGAGAUUGUUCGAGUUCAUUUUCUGCAGUCAUUUGUUGCUGCCCGUGUUCGAAGCGGAAUUUUGUCUCCCGAGUAACAAAAUGGGAAAUGAAGCAAGUUAUCCCCUGGAGAUGUGCUCGCACUUUGAUGCAGAUGAGAUUAAGAGGCUAGGUAAGAGAUUUAAGAAACUCGACCUAGAUAACUCUGGAUCCCUGAGCGUAGAGGAGUUCAUGUCCCUACCUGAGCUACAGCAGAAUCCGCUGGUGCAGAGGGUCAUCGAUAUAUUCGAUACAGAUGGCAAUGGGGAAGUGGAUUUCAAAGAGUUUAUAGAGGGCGUCUCACAAUUCAGUGUUAAGGGAGAUAAGGAACAGAAGCUCAGAUUCGCUUUCCGGAUCUACGACAUGGACAAGGACGGCUAUAUUUCUAACGGUGAACUGUUCCAAGUGUUGAAGAUGAUGGUGGGCAACAACUUGAAGGACACACAACUGCAGCAGAUUGUAGAUAAGACAAUUAUCAAUGCAGACAAGGAUGGAGAUGGGAGAAUAUCUUUUGAAGAGUUCUGCGCUGUUGUUGGUGGUCUCGACAUUCACAAAAAGAUGGUAGUGGAUGUGUGAGCAUCCUCCCUGCCACCUACAACACGCGCUUUCCUUUCCAUCUGUGAUGAUCUGCUCGAGACAUCUAGCAAAUGCUCUUUCAACAGAAGUAUUUACUCUGUGAAGCUACCUUAUUGCUACCCCGAUAAAGCCAACGCGUAAGUGUUUGAACUCUGAUCCUCACAAUAACCAGGUGUAGCACUUUAAUGACUGAAGAACAGCUCAGAGCGUCUCUGCAGAAGGGAAAAAACGGGUUGGCUGGUUCAUCAUUUUCCCCCCUUUCUGUCUUUCUUUUCUUUUUUUUAAUUUAUUGUUUUGGGUCGUUUUUUUUAAGCAAGUGUAUAUCAAGCAUUGUGAGACAGUGGAUGUAAUGUUAACAUUUCAGUACAUUAGGGUAUGUAAAUAGGGUAUGAUGUGCCAAGCAGAACACAGACUCAACAAGCCAGACAAAGAUCUUUUAUAAAUUAGGAGAGCUGGUUGAUUUUGUCUGUUUUUCAAGUGAAUACUUUUUUCUUUUUUGCAUUGUUCCUAUAUUUGAAUCAUGUUAAUCAGUACUUUUUGUAUUGUGAUAAUUUGUUAUUUAUGAAUGUUCAUAGUACUGGAGAGUAAUUUUAUUCUGUGGUUUAUCUUUAUUCUGUGCUUUAACUCAUGACCGUCCUGUAGAAUUAGAUGCCAAAAAAAGCCCUUGUGUAAUUUGUGGUUUACUCAAAUAUCAGUGACUUCUUCAGGUUUUUUCUGUUAACAUGUUAUUUUGACGACACCUCUGUACAAAGAAAAAUUUUUUUUUUUUUUGCAGUUUCAAUUCAGGUAGCAUUAUUUUUGCUUUAACGACUAAAAAUUAUUCCUAGCUUCUCAUGUACCAGAAGCUAGAACACAGCAUUUACAAUUACUACAUGCCCCCAUCUGGAUAAAUGAAGUACUGUUUUUUACCCACUAAGACAUUUAAGACAUUGGCAUAAGAGUAAGGCUGGAAAUGAUUUGUUCUUUAUUUUUCCUAUCCAUCUCCACCAGCUUGUCUAACCUGCAGCACUAAGCGGGUCUCAGAUCUCACCCCCUUGCCUCGGUGCUCCUCCAGCGUCUGCAUGAACAUGUUCCCUUCUGCAUGGUUUCCGAUUUCUGGCACGUCUACUGUUUACACUUGUGAUAUUAAAUGUCAACUAUAAUAAUUAUGGAUGUCGCCAAAGUUUAGAAAAACCUCAGAACAAUCGGCGUUCUUAAAGUAAAGAUACACGCAUACUCGAUUUUUUUCCUUUCUGAAUAUUAAGUUGCUGUGAAAUGAUGUAUGGUGUAUAAACAUUUAUCUCUUUCUCUAUAUAUAUCCAGUCAAGGCUACCUUAUAAAAUGUAUUUUUAAUUACUUUAAAACUAAUCUUACUCCAAGUUUAUGUUCCGAGUCGACACGGAGCAUCCUCAUGUUUCAGUUUGGGAUGUCUGCUCUGCAUGCUGCAUCAUGUUGCCUAUUGUGGGAUGACUUGGACUUGGUACUGUAUAAGAUUAAAUAAAAUAUUUAAAAUAUA